AUGAUCCGCUCAACGCAAAUAGCGAGGCUAGACGGCCUGAUGCUCUGCGCAUCCGUCGACGACGAGCAGCAAGAAGCCGCCCUCUCAGAAGUCAAGUCCCAAAUCAAGCAGAUCCUCCGCAAGCUCUCCCGCAACUCGGAACAACAAGCCAGCAUCGAAAGCGGCUCCUACAACCUCCACUACCUAAUCGACAACGACAUCACGUUCCUCUGCAUAACAGACCGCUCCUACCCGCGCAAGCUCGCCUUCACCUACCUCUCCGACCUCGCCCGCGAGUUCACCACCACAUACCCGAUCUCCCAGCUGCACUCGCCCGCCCUGCGCCCCUACGCCUUCAUGGAGUUCGACACCUUCAUCUCCCGCACAAAGUCCACCUACUCCGACGCCCGCGCCUCUCAGAACCUCGACAAGCUCAACGACGAGCUGCGCGACGUCACAAAGGUCAUGACCAAGAACAUCGAGGACCUCCUCUACCGCGGCGACUCUCUCGAGCGCAUGGGCGAGCUGAGCUCCCGCCUGCGCGACGACAGCAAAAAGUACCGCCGCGCCGCCGUCAGGAUCAACUGGGAGCUCAUGCUCAAGCAGUACGGCCCCUUUGGCGCGCUGGGCCUCAUCAUCAUUGUGUUUCUGUGGUGGCGUUUCUUUUAA